AUGUUUAUACAAAUUUUAACGAAUUUUGUAAGCUGUGAAUUUAAGAAAAUCAAAACGAAUUUAACCAUGUUUUUGAUUUUCUUCUGGAUUAUAUGGUUUUCACAAAUUUUAGCCAUCUCAACAAUGUUUUUAAGUUUACCUGAUAUCAAUGAAAUUCCAAUGGCUACUGUAACUGAGUUGCCAAUAGAGGUUUUGCCAUCAAUAAAACCAUUGGACUCCAUUAUCGUCAGCAAUGAGCAAACUAAGGUAAUCGCCGAUGAUAGAACUAAUCAAACAAGUGACAUUGUCGAGGGCAGCAGCCAGGAAACAUUAAAAGAUGAGCAAAUUAUCAAAAUCAAUGAUUCCGGUGGUGAUAUCGAAACAGUUGGCGAUACGCCAUCUGCUAUACAAGAAAUUUCCGCAACAGAUUUCGAAAACAUUCCAACCAGUCCAAUUAAUGAUAGUGCCGAGAUAAAUUUAUCGAAACCGCAAGCGAAACCUGAUUUAAUUGAGCAGCAAAAUAUUAGUCAGAACGUUGUUAAAUUAAAACAAGUGAACCUUUCAUCCGAGGAAAUUCCUAUCCCGGUAUUUUCUGAAUGGACUCAAAAGCAAAUGGAAGCAGCCGAAAAGCAAGCUCUCGAACAAGAGCAAACCUUUAAUAAUUCCGCACAACGUAAAAACAAUACGAGCAACAAUGGCAAAAUACCGUUAAUGAAAAUCAGAUCUAAAAAUUAUGCAUCACCUGACUGCGGGGCCAAGAUUAUAUCAUCGAAUGCGGAUGCUUCUAGUACAGGAGCAGUUCUUAGUUCGUCAAAGGACGAGUACAUGUUAAGUCCUUGUGGCAAUCGUAUAUGGUUCGUUGUAGAGUUAUGCGAAGCUAUACAAGCUCAACGCAUCGAUUUGGCCAAUUUUGAAUUGUUCUCGUCGUCGCCCAAAAAUUUUACAGUAGCGGUUUCAAAUCGUUUUCCCUCACGUGAUUGGUCGAAUGUGGGACGCUUUAUAGCCGAAGAUAAACGUACAGUGCAAAGUUUCGAAUUACAUCCGCACUUGUUUGGGAAGUUUGUACGCGUUGAUAUACACUCGCAUUAUUCCAAAGAACAUUUUUGUCCAGUUUCGUUAUUUCGCGUGUUUGGCACUUCGGAAUUUGAAGCUUUUGAAACUGAAGAUCACCUUAACGAUGAGCUCGACGAUUUCGAUGAUGAUUUUCUAUUGGAACAAGCUCAUAAUAAAAAUUCAGAAAACAAUCUUUUUAAAUCCGCUUCGGACGCAGUAUUGUCUAUAGUGAAGAAAGCUGCAGAAGUCUUAGUUAAACCGACUAAUAAUGAAAAUCAUACGGCGAACGUUCGACAACAAUUUGCGAUAUGUCAAACACCAAUGCAUGGAUAUUUCAAUUGUGCCGCUUGUAAUAAUAUACUGGUGGAGCGUAUCAAUAACGCAUUAUCCUGCGAAGUUGACCAAUUGAAACAUUUACUACUUAAUGUCCAAUUAAAAAAUGAUUUAUUGACAACGGGUGUUUGUAGCAAACUUUAUGGAAUUGGAACAAAUACGAGGCACUCGGUCGAGAAAGAUAUGAAAAAAAGUUAUUACGUAAACAUGUUGCCAGCUGAAUACGUUGGAGCCUUAUGUCAACUAAUAGCCAUAAGGGGAAAUUUAGAUAAAACAGCGAUCGAGGCAUUGCAAGAAAAUUCAACAAAUGAAGAACAAGGAGAAUUACCAUUAAAUUUGACUAUAGAUAAGAAACUAAAAAGCGGUGAUAUAAAAUUACUUGAAAAGACGCAAAAAAAACUUAUAAAUCCCAAUACCUCACUUCCAGCAAACACGGAAGCUUUGGAUAUUGGAAUCGCUAAUUCACAUUUAGUUACUGAAAGUGCCAUUGAAGAUGUACAACAAUUACCUAAGCCUAACGAAUUAGAAAGUAUGGAUGACAUUACAUCCACAACACUAGAACCUGAAACUAUAAGAAAACCUCCUCAUAUACCUGAUGUAAAUAUAUUUAAUGUACCUGCUGCCGACGAAAUUGUCGAGACUGAAAUACCUAUAAAUUCUAUGGAAGCUUCAAAUAGUGCUGAACAAACGAUUAUUACAACAGCAGCAGCAACAACAACAACAACAACAACAACAACAACAACAGAUACAAUAACUACAGCAACCACUACUAGCAAUAGCGCUUCGCAUAUGGAUCCUAUAGGCGCUGUUGUACCGAUUAAAAGCGAAGAAGACUCAAAUUCAUGGGAUAAUAUUGAAAAUUUACUGACAUCGGCAAAUGUACCUUCUACGGUUGGCGCAGGAACAGCAUCAGGAUCUUCACAUCAAAACGGUAUUAAUCUCCAGCAUAAAAUACCCAGCAGUCCUCAAUCGGAGAGCAUCUUUAUACGUCUAUCCAAUCGAAUCAAAGCACUUGAACGUAACAUGUCGUUGUCAGGCCAAUACCUCGAAGAACUAUCGCGUCGUUAUAAGAAACAAGUCGAAGAAUUGCAGCAGUCUCUGACACAACAAAUUCAAAUUGUACGCACAUUGGAGGAGCAAAAUCGACGCAACUAUGAAUUGGAGCAAUUAUAUGCUUUGCAUAAUGCUCGGCUUAAGGAAGAAUUGGAUGAUUUAACAUUGCAAGUUCACGCCUGCAUUGUGGUAAUAAUUUUCGUCGGUGCUUUCGUAUUCCUUGUCUUGAUGGUGGGCAUUUUAUUGUAUCGCUCUAUGCGCAGAGAUACAAAGCAUAUUCGGGCAUUACAAGACAGCGAAAGCAAACGUAAAACUGAAUCGACAACUGUAGCAAAUGCGAAAAAGAUUCAUCGUCGAAAAUCGUUUGAAGAUUUUUCCGAUCGUCAACAUUAUCAAAACAAAGGUGACGGCAACAAGCCAGUGGCAGACAAUGCCUCUGAUAGCAAACAAAGGCGUCCCAGUGAGGAGGCCAUGUUAAUUAUAAAGGACUCGAAAGAUGAGAAAUCAUCGGGACGAGAUGAAACCCUUAUCCAUGCGCUACGUCAACGCAAAAUAUCAGUUUGUUACGAUAGCCACAGUUUACUAAGUGCUGGUAGUGCUUCGGGUCCGAAAUCAACAAAUAAACGUCGCAGUGAGAAACACUCUUGGCCAAAUUCUAUACAAUCGCAACAAAAAGCGUGGCAUCAUUUAGAAGAAUUAAGUUCCAGGGACCUAAUUGGUGAUUCCUGCAAAGUUCCUUUGGCAAGAUUAAAAAAGCCACCCUUGGCUAAUGGAGGUUUUAAAAAUCAAAAAAAGAAAAGGGAACAGCAGAACAUUAAGAGGCCAGAAUCUGCACCAUCCGAAUGCCUAACACCGCCACAUGAGAUAUCUACGCUGUUAAAUGUAGAUGAUGCAAAGACUGUUAAUUACAAUGAAACCCUAAUACUUGAUGAAGGUGAUCUCGAUAAUUUCAUACCAAAUACCGAUUUGGUAUACAAUGAGUUUAUGCCCGAAGGGCCGAGAGGCCAUCAGUGCAAUCCUAGCAAUUUGCAAGCCAAUAAUCCUGCCUCUAAAAAGCCAAGCAAACUUGAAAGUACAACAAGUAUGAAUAAAAAAUCUCGCCGCUUAUCUUCGCCAGCUUUCUUCAAAUCGCCAUUUACGAAAAGUCUUAAAGGUAAAAUCUCUACUAACAAAUCGAACGCUGCGCAUGAAUCGACCUCAUGGGAGUGGUAUCGCUUAAAAAAAUCAGCUUCAUCAUCCUCAGCUACGCAAAACUCGAACACAUUUGUACGCAAUUCGCCUAAUGCCAGUUUGGAUUCAUCUUCUCUAUCCGAAAUUAACUUUCCCACUAAUUCCACUGAAAAUUCAUUUCGCAUACUUGAAGAGGCUAUUUUAUCAUCCGGAGAAAGUGCCAUCACCUCACCACAAUGUAAAAACAUUCCCCAUACAAGCAAUAAAUCCUUAACCGCCAUUAAUGGUGUUCCGCAAACAAGCGGCAUAAGAGCAACGGGAACAGUGACGGGAGAAAUUGUAAGAAGUAUUAGUAGUGGCAUUAGUAGUAGCGCAAGCAGCAGUAAUAGUAAUCGUAGUACCAGUUCAAAUUCCAAUUCUUCUUCGAAUCAAUCGAAAAAGAAGAAUCGUACAUUUAAUAAAAUUUUUCGUAAGGUUUUCUAAGAAAAUUGUUAUUAAACGAAAGCCAAACGAAUUGAACAGAAGCAAUUUCUGUUAUUGUUGCAGUAUUGCAUUCCUUUUUAUUUGCUUCUCUUUUCGUUAAUUCAUUUUUUACAUAUAAUCUUUGAUUUUCUUACAUUUCUUUCUUUUC